CUCGGCCAGGAAUUAUUUACCGUCACGGGUCUGGAACUACUUGGUGUUGGAAAAUGGUGCUGGACAUUCUGGACGGAUGGUUCGUCACGGUCGGCGUGCACCUUUACGACACUCUGAUCCCAAUUUUUCGAAAAGCCCGGUUCUUCCUCCUGCUCCCGUUUACCCCGAUUUUGAAAGUCAUCACGGACCAUGCCUUGUCCCGCCUCGGGGUGACGAUCGGCUCGAGUCCGAAGGCUGACCUGUGCAUUUUGGACAAACGAUUCUACGCCAGGUUAUGGGCCGACCAGAUUUUUGGUCUCGAGGAAAUGUUCGCCGAGGGGUGGUGGACUUCGGGAAACUUGGAAGUUUUCUAUGACAAGCUUUUCUCCCUGGGUGACAAGCACCGAUGGCUUUUCCGCCUCCAGAUAUCCUACUGGGAGGGGCUCUUCAGAUGGGGCGUGCUCAACACGGGGCGAGAUGGGACCAACUUCAACGCGGCGCGGGAAUACGAACUACCUGUCGAGUUUUUCAAACUGCUCACGGACAAGGAGCACAUGCAACACUCGUGCGGUAUCUACGUCAACGGGGCCACCACGUAUGCCGACUCCCAAAUCGAAAAGUUCAAACUGAUCGCAUCCAAGCUUGAACUAAAACCAGGGAUGACGCUUUUGGAUCUGGGCUGUGGCUUCGGCGGUCUCUCAAAAUUCAUGGCGGACAAUUACGGCGUGACGGUCACGGGAGUCACGGUCUGCGAGUCGAUGGCCACGCAGGCAACGAAUCACUGCCGCGGGAGUAAAGUCACCAUUAAGACUCAACACUGGAGAAGAAUGGAGGGCAAAUUUGACCGCAUUUCGAUCAUCGAAAUGUUGGAGCACGUCGGGAAACAAAAUUACGAUGAAUUUUUUACAAAAAUCAAAUCCCUUCUGAAUCCUGGUGGUCGGAUUCUACUCCAACAUUACGUCGUGGACCCGGGUAUCCCACACUUUUUUGAGUUUGCCUGUAAAAACCACUUCGGUCAGACGUACGUCGCCGCGCUGAACGAGUUCGUCACGUAUUCGACGCGCUCCUUCCGUAUCGCCAACAUGCAGGACUUUUCCUUGGAUUUGGAACAAGCCGGGAAACACUUUAUGGGCAUGAUAGAAGACAAUCGGCCAGAGAUGGAGGCCUUGGUGGGACCCAAGCUGGUCCGGGCGCUUCAGAUCACGUAUGCCGCAGCGCUGGCCGCCACCAAGUUUAAGGGUGGCCAGGUCUACCAAACCGUCCUGGUCGGAAAGGAUGACCAGAACAGAAUUCCCGUCCAGUAAGCGGAACGUUUUAAAUAUCCCGGGCUGAAUUAUUGAAAACAAAAUCGCAUAUGAUUUAUGCAAACUUUUUUCCCUACUAAUUUUGUGCCAAUGGCCCGACGUGUAACAGAUGAAAAAACGUAUUUCCGCUGGAUACAAAAAUGUCACUUGACACUAAGGACAAUAAAUAAUUAUAGUUAAUUGGAUAAAAUCAACAAAGAAUUAAUAAAUAAACAGAAUUUAAGGGUACAUAAAUAAAUACAUACAUACUUCUGCUA